CUGCCCACGCACGAGUGGCCGCACGCGGGGCCGCGCGGCGCCUUCGACGUGGGCGUCGUGGCCUCCUUCGGGCGGCUCCUGAGCGAGGACCUCAUUCUGCAGUUCCCCUAUGGGGUGCUGAAUAUCCAUCCCAGCUGCCUCCCACGAUGGCGCGGUCCUGCACCGAUAGUCCACGCAGUGCUGCACGGUGACAAAGUAACUGGGGUGACAAUUAUGGAAAUCAGACCAAAAAGGUUUGAUGUGGGUCCAAUUAUUAAGCAAGAAGAGGUCACUAUUCCUCCCCGCUGUACUGCAAAGGAGCUAGAAAUGAUGCUAUCACAGAUGGGUGCAAAAAUGCUCAUUAGUGUCUUGAGAAAUUUACCUGAAAGUUUAAAAAAUAAAAAAGAGCAACCAAAAGAAGGGGUAACGUUUGCUCCUAAAAUAACGAUAGCCAGGAGUUGUGUAAAAUGGGAAGAACAAACGGCUGUGCAAGUAAUACAGCUGCAUCGUGCCAUAGGAAGUAUGUUUCCUUUGCAGACGCUCUGGAAGGGUAGUACUGUUAAACUUCUGGAUUUUGUGGAAGUGCAUAAUAUCCCUGGUCUUGCUGAUGAAGUAUUAAAUGAUCUUGGAGCUGUUCCUGGUUCACUGCUAUACCAUAAACUGUCCCAAACACUGAUAGCUCGUUGCAAGGAAGGCUGGGUUGGAAUCAAAGCAGUUAUAUUAAAGAAGAAGCUUUCAGCAACUGACUUCUAUAAUGGAUAUAUGCACUCCUGGUUCCAGCAGGGCUCAAAAGCAGUUCAUCAGGAGUGCAGGUUUCAAACACUCAAACUUAACACAACAAAAGAGACUCUGAAAGAGAGGAAAAUACCGGCACGGGAUAUAAACCAAUAA